GCUACGAACAGUUCGGACUGAAUUAUCGUAUCGUUGAUAUGACCGUUUGACCUACUGCGCACUUAUUUAAGAGAGUGAUUGUGCGAAUUCAUACGUUUUCUGCAGUGAAUCUAAUUCUGUUGACAGCUGCGAAUAGAAGUUAUUAGUGGCAUGUCAACCGCGAGCUACGUUGUACUUGCAGACAGGCAAUUAUGGAUCGUUGGAUUGGUAAAACCGCAGUCGUUACCGGCGCUGCAUCCGGCAUCGGCGAAGCAAUUACAUGCGCUCUUCUGCGGUACGGAGUAAACGUGGCUGCUAUAGAUAUCGUGGAGGAAAAAUUGCACGAACUUAGAGUGAAAAAGGAACAGCAAAAACUUCCGGGCAUAUUAGAAAUUAUACAGUGCAAUGUAACUUUUGAAGCGGAUCUCAAUGGGGCAUUCGAACAAAUCGAGACAAAGAUGAAAGGCGUGGAUAUUAUGAUCAACAAUGCUGCUUACUGUGAAUAUUCGCGUGUAAUUGAUAGUGUAUGGAAAUCAUUUCAAUUAAUAUUAAAUACUAAUGUCAUGGCAUAUGCUGCAUGUAUGAAUAAGGCGGUAAAUUCCAUGCAUAACCGGAAUGUCGAAGGGCAUAUUUUUAAUAUCAAUAGUGUUAUGGGUCAUUAUAUUCCAGCAAAAUCUUGUGAAGAUGCUGCAUUGGAUUUUAAUCUGUAUGUCGCUUCUAAACACGCUACUGUUGCCUUAACUCAUACGGUACGACGUGAAAUAGCGGAUUUUAAACCUUCUAUUCGAAUUACAAGCAUUAGUCCUGGUCUCGUAAAAACGAAUAUAGCUUCACAAUCGGAAAAAAUGCGUAAUAUUUUCGAAAAAAUACCAUUUAUUCUACCGGAGGACAUAGCGGACGCGAUCAUUUAUGCUCUUGGAACACGAAAGGAAGUUCAGAUUACAGAGCUUACUAUUCAACAUACUGGGGAAAUUCCAUGAAAAAUAUUUUUGGCAACAUACUCAUUUUAGUAUAUCACUUUACAAGAAAUUUAUUAUAUAUAUAUAUAUAUAUAUAUAUAUAUAUAUAUAUAUAUAUACACAUAUAUAUUUAUUUUAGAUUGCAAUUAAAUUUAUUGCAAAAAAAAGGAAUGCAAUAAAAAAUAUUGUGAAAAUAAUAA